GGCUCGGAGCACCCUGUCCCGCCGGCGGCCGCGAGAGCAGAGCGAGCGAGCGAUCGGCGCGGUCCGGCGAGCCCUGAGCGCAGCGCCAGGCCGGGGCGUGCGGCGAGGAGCGGCGCAGCCCCCGCGCGGCCGCCGGGCCCCAGCCCAGCAACCGGGCGGGCACCGCGCCAUCGGGCCGAGCGAGCGGAGCGCAGCGCCCGGAGCUGAGCGCGCCGUCGCCCGCGCCCCGCGCCCCGCGCCGGGGAAUGCGCCCUCGGCGCGCCGGCCAGGGGGCGCCCGCAGCCCACCCGGGGGGAGGCGGCCCCGAGCGCCCCUGAGCCUUCCCAUGGCCCGGGCUGGGGCCCGGGGCCUCGGCUGCUGACGCGCUCGAAGCCCUCGGAACCCGUUAAGCCGGGGCGCGGCACCGACACCGGUUCAGGCACAGCGGCGAGCGGGCGCGGGCAGGGCAAUGGCCCGGGGGAGGCGCUAGCGCGGGCCGCCCGCCCGGGAGCCCAGGCCCCGCCGCCGCGGAAGAGCAGAAGGAGACGGCUCUUCCCUGCCUCUCCUUUCUUGGCUGCUGCGCUCUUGCACUGUGGUCUGCGUACACGGGCCUCUCGCAUUCUCUGCUCUUCCGUGCACCGCGCCCCGAUAACCAGGUGUCCAGACCGCUGAGCUGCAUCCUGGGCCCCUGGCCCCUCCCACGAUGCCUGUGGCUGGUCUCCUCCUCUGGGCUUCCCUAGUGACCGGGGCCUGGCCAGCCACCCCCGUCCAGGACCACCCGCCGGCCACGCCCCGGGUCCGGCUCUCAUUCCAAGAGCUGAAGGCCACGGGCACUGCCCACUUCUUCAACUUCCUGCUCAACACCACGGACUACCGCAUCCUGCUCAAGGACGAGGACCACGACCGCAUGUACGUGGGCAGCAAGGACUACGUGCUGUCCCUGGACCUGCACGACAUCAACCGCGAGCCCCUCAUUAUCCACUGGGCGGCCUCCCCGCAGCGCAUCGAGGAGUGCGUGCUCUCAGGCAAGGAUGGCAACGGUGAGUGCGGGAACUUCGUCAGGCUCAUCCAGCCCUGGAACCGAACACACCUGUACGUGUGUGGGACUGGCGCCUACAACCCCAUGUGCACCUAUGUAAACCGUGGCCGCCGGGCUCAGGCCACACCCUGGACCCAGAUGCAGGUGGUCAGAGGCCGAGGCAGCAGAGCCACGGACGGUGCCCUCCGCCCGACGCCCACAGCCCCACGCCAGGAUUACAUCUUCUACCUGGAGCCCGAGAGACUCGAGUCAGGGAAGGGCAAGUGUCCAUACGACCCCAAGCUGGACACAGCCUCAGCCCUCAUCAACGAGGAGCUCUAUGCGGGCGUGUACAUCGACUUCAUGGGCACGGACGCGGCCAUCUUCCGCACCCUCGGCAAGCAGACGGCCAUGCGCACGGACCAGCACAACUCCCGCUGGCUCAACGACCCCUCGUUCAUCCACGCGGAGCUCAUCCCCGACAGCGCGGAGCGCAACGACGACAAAUUGUACUUCUUCUUCCGCGAGCGCUCGGCCGAGGCGCCGCAGAGCCCCGCCGUGUACGCCCGCAUCGGGCGCAUCUGCCUGAAUGACGACGGCGGCCACUGCUGCCUGGUCAACAAGUGGAGCACGUUCCUGAAGGCGCGGCUGGUGUGCUCCGUGCCCGGCCACGACGGCAUCGAGACGCACUUCGAUGAGCUCCAGGACGUGUUUGUGCAGCAGACGCAGGACGUGAGGAACCCGGUCAUCUACGCCGUCUUCACCUCCUCGGGCUCCGUGUUCCGCGGCUCCGCCGUGUGCGUCUACUCCAUGGCCGACAUCCGCAUGGUCUUCAACGGGCCUUUCGCGCACAAGGAGGGCCCCAACUACCAGUGGAUGCCCUUCUCGGGGAAGAUGCCCUACCCGCGGCCCGGCACGUGCCCGGGAGGGACCUUCACGCCGUCCAUGAAGUCCACCAAGGACUACCCCGAUGAGGUGAUCAACUUCAUGCGCAGCCACCCACUCAUGUACCAGCCCGUGUACCCGCUGCAGCGGCGGCCCCUGGUGGUCCGCACGGGCGCCCCCUACCGGCUCACCACCAUCGCCGUGGACCAGGUGGAUGCAGCCGACGGGCGCUAUGAGGUGCUUUUCCUGGGCACAGACCGCGGGACAGUGCAGAAGGUCAUCGUGCUGCCCAAGGACGACCAGGAAAUGGAGGAGCUCAUGCUGGAGGAGGUGCAGGUCUUCAAGGACCCAGCGCCCGUAAAGACCAUGACCAUCUCCUCCAAGAGACAACAACUGUACGUGGCGUCUGCUGUGGGCGUCACGCACCUGAGCCUGCACCGCUGCCAGGCCUACGGGGCCGCCUGUGCCGACUGCUGCCUCGCCCGGGACCCCUACUGCGCCUGGGACGGCCAGGCCUGUUCCCGCUACACCGCGUCCUCCAAGAGGCGGAGCCGCCGGCAGGACGUCCGGCACGGGAACCCCACCAGGCAGUGCCGCGGCUUCAACUCCAACGCCAACAAGAACGCGGUGGAGUCGGUGCAGUACGGCGUGGCCGGCAGCGCCGCCUUCCUCGAGUGCCAGCCCCGCUCGCCCCAGGCCUCCGUGAAGUGGCUGUUCCAGCGCGACCCCAGCGACCGGCGCCGCGAGAUCCGCGCCGAGGAGCGCCUCCUGCGCACGGACCAGGGCCUGCUGCUCCGCGCCCUGCAGCUGGGCGACCGCGGCCUGUACUCCUGCACAGCCACCGAGAACAACUUCAAGCACAUCGUCACGCGGGUGCAGCUGCACGUCCUGGGCCGGGACGCCGUCCACACCGCCCUCUUCCCGCCGCUGGCCGUGAGCGCCCCGCCACCCCCUGGCGCCGGCCCCCCGACGCCUUCGUACCAGGAGCUGGCCCAGCUGCUGGCCCAGCCGGAAGUGGGCCUCAUCCACCAGUACUGCCAGGGCUACUGGCGCCACGUGCCCCCGAGCCCCAGGGAGGCCCUGGGGGCACCCAGGCCCCCUGAACCCCAGGACCAGAAAAAGCCCCGGAAUCGCCGCCACCACGCCCCGGACACAUGAGGUGGCUGUCUGAGCCCUGCCACGGGCCACCCUCGCCCUGUCCCUUUUAAUAUAAAAGAUAUAUAGAUAUAUAUAUAUAUAAAAAUAUCUAUAUUCUAUACACACCCUGCCCCUCAGAGACAGUAUUUAUUGGUGGGUUGUACAUAGCCUGCCUGGGCGGCAGCAUCGGCAGACAGCCCCGUGCUGGUCAGAGACAGCAGAGAACAGGCCGCCGGCCCAGCAGCCAGGGAGCCAGGCCAGGACUGCACGGCCCGACGCAGCUGCGAGUCACCCGCUCCACAGCCCCCACUGGAUCCACGGGACACGGAGGGAGCGAGCGGCACUGGACAGGCACGGACCGUACACCCUCGCCAGCGUGCGCUGUGCCUGAGCCGCCGGCAUAGCCGUGGAUGGAGGACUGCUCGUGGACGGGGCGGGAGGGGGGCAGCCGCACUCAGAGGGAGGGAAGGUGUGCGGGCCAUCACAGGACGGCCCUGCCUGGGAGGGGGCACUCGGUCAAGGCCAGCCCCUGCCCAGGUAUUUAUUCUCUAUUUAUUGGGGAUGAGAAGAGGAACCCUGUGUGGGUGGGGCAGCCCGUCCAGCCUUCCCUGCCUGGCCAUCUCCCUCCUCUUGGCUGUUCUGUGCCACUGGCUCAGGGGCUGGCGAAUAGCAGAGGGGCCGGCACAAGCGGGGCUGCGGGCAGAGGGGGCUGUGGCAGAGGCCUGGGGACAGCAGGGGCUCCCCGGGGCUCCCUCCUGCCCCCACUUCAGAUGAGGGGUGUACAUAGCUCUGGGGGGCAGUUGGGCAGGCGGACGGGGCUCCCGGAGGCCCUCGCCUCCCGGCCACAGUGCCCUGGGUUCCAUCUUGUUAAUAAACACUGGCUCUGGGACUGGA